AUGGCGGACGCUCACUGCAACAGUAACCACGUCCCCGUCUUGCUUUCGUUUUCUGUCUUUUCACGGCCGUCAUCUGUACCCAUCGGUUCUGGAUAUGAAGUUCUCAUUCAGAAGUUUCUAUCUAUAUACGGCUACCAAAUCGACGUUCAUCGCAAAUUUGUGAUUCAACUGUUCUCAGAGGAAUGGGGACAGUACAUUGAUUUGCCCAAAGGAUUCACAAUAUCAGAGAAAUGCAAGCUGCGAUUAGUUCCUCUUCAGACUGAUAGCUCUAUGGCCACGCUGGGGAAUCUCUCCCCACCAACCACUGUCUUCUUCUGCUGUGAUAUGCAGGAGAGGUUCAGACCUGCCAUCAAGUACUUUGGUGAUAUCAUUAGUGUGGGACAGAGACUGCUCCAGGGGGCACGUAUCCUUGGUAUUCCCAUAAUCGUGUCAGAGCAAUACCCAAAAGGCCUGGGUAGCACAGUGCAGGAGAUGGACCUGACUGGGGCUAAGCUGGUCUUCCCCAAGACCAAGUUCUCCAUGGUGCUGCCAGAGGUGGAAGCUGCCCUUGCUGAGAUUCCUGGUGUCCGCAGCAUCGUGCUGUUCGGUGUGGAGACCCAUGUGUGCAUUCAGCAGACAGCUCUGGACCUUAUUGGGAGAGGUUUUGAGGUGCACAUUGUCGCUGAUGCCACAUCCUCCAGAAGCAUGAUGGACAGAAUGUUUGCACUAGAGCGACUGGCACGUACAGGAAUCAUCGUUACAACCAGCGAGUCAGUUCUUCUGCAGCUUGUGGCUGAUAAAGAACAUCCAAAGUUCAAGGAGAUCCAGAAUAUCAUCAAAGCCAGUGCCCCUGAGUCAGGUUUGCUGUCAAAGGUGUAAAGAGGUGAGAUAGGUCAACAGGACAUUGAGAGCCUUCAGUAAGGUCAAUAUUAACAAUGGUCUACACGCAAAAACUACGUUUUUCUUUUCCUUUUAGCUUAAUUUUCACCUGAUAGAUUUGCAUAUGUCAGCUAAUGAUGACAAAAUAUAGCUUGUAAUGGACGUGUACUCCAAACCUGUCUUUGUAAAUCUCUAGUAUACACUCACUUUGCUUGAGAAUUAAUUGAAUGUUUAUCACAAUGUUUCAAGGGUAGCGUAGUUUUCCAAUAACAUUUGCCAUGUUAAAUGCAUAUGACGUCUGAGAGAACUUUGUGGGAGGGUUGAUUAUAUGUGUGAGAUAUAGUAUAGGUGUUAAUGCUUUAGUUUGUAACCCUUUGACACAUUUC